AUGCCGGGCUCAUCAAUCUCCUCGGCAACUAUGAGUGAGCAGCCCAAACGAGAUGAUGCCACAAAGGUAGCAGGCUCUAGUGUGACUGAUGCCAAAGACAUUGAGAAGAACGAAGUUGGUCUCACAGACGACCCUGUGGACGACGAGACGAAUGGCGAGACUGUCCCACCCGCUCCAGUAAACGACUUUCCAGAUGGCGGUACUACGGCCUGGCUGGUGACGUUUGGAGGCUGGUGUGGUCUUUUUUGCACGUUUGGGUUAGUCAAUUGUGUGGGUGUAUUUCAGCGAUACUAUGUCAAUGGGCCGUUGAAGAACUAUGACCCUUCAGCUGUGAGCUGGAUCAUGUCAACACAGGUCUUUUUCAUGAUCUUCCCCGGCGCUGUGUUUGGUCGUCUUCUUGAUACGUACGGACCGGCUUGGUUGCUUCGAAUCGGUGCCGUCACCUAUGUCUUUGGUCUCAUGAUGACCUCCCUGGCCAACGACUACUACCAGUUCUUCCUCGCUCAAGCCAUUGUGUCUUCCCUUGGUUCUUCAGCCAUUUUCAACGCCUGCAUGACCUCCCUGGUAACUUGGUUUUCCAAACGCCGCGCUGCAGCUUUCGGUAUCAUGGUCUCUGGUUCAUCCCUUGGCGGCGUCGUCCUUCCCAUCAUGAUGGAUAGAAUGAUCAAGAGUGUUGGCUUCCCCUGGAUGAUGCGCACCAUGGCCUUUCUCUUCCUCUUCCUGCUCACCAUCACUGCCUUGACCGUCAAGUCCCGUCUGCCCCCACAGCCGAAGCCCUUCGUCUUCAAGGACUACAUCAGCGGGUUGCGUGAACCCGCCUUUACGCUUACCAUCGCCGGAAACUUCUUCUUUUACCUCGGGAUGUUCCUGCCAUUCAACUAUGUCUUGACGCAAGCUGAGACCGCGGGCAUGUCUGAGACACUGAUUCCAUACCUUCUUUCUAUUCUCAAUGCAGUCAGUAUAUUCGGACGUAUUCUGCCAGGCAUCGUUGCCGAUAAAAUUGGUCGGUUCAACGUCGUCGUCAUCAUCUGCCUCAUGUCAGCCAUCUUUUGUCUGGCCAUUUGGAUCCCUAUCAACAACACGGCCGGCAUCCUCGUCUUCACCGUCAUCUUUGGCUUUUCCUCGGGUGGCGUUAUCUCCCUUGCGCCAACCCUCAUUGCCCAGGUGUCCGACAUACGCCAGAUCGGCACCCGUGUCGGGACCGCAUUCGCAAUCCAGUCCUUUGGCGGACUCGUCGGUAGCCCCAUCGGCGGAGCCAUCGUGUCGGCACAGGGAGGCGGCUACCUUGGGUUGCAGCUCUUCUGUGGCUGCUCAAUGCUGUUGGGUUCUGCUUUCUUUAUUCUCUCAAGAGUUUCCCAAGCUGGAUGGGGGCUCAAGGCAAAGGUAUAA